AUGGGUGGACCUUUUUACAAUCCCAGAUACUUGUCACCACAGCUAGCGUGCAUGUCAUUCGUAGAAUCGGUCUCUGUGUUUACAGGCCAUUGUGGGUAUUGCGGUGGGAAUGGAUCUAUCGCAAUCUAUUCGGAACUCAAAACACCUCUUGCUGCAUUGCUGUACCAAGAGCUAAUGGAGCAGGGCUGGCGAAGAUCUGGCUCCAAACUGCUCUAUUUGCCCCUCAAUGAUAUCACAUGCUGCCCACUUAAACCGAUCAGGUUACGUGUUUCGGCGUUCACUCCUUCUCGUUCUCAGAGGAAGGCGUAUCGCCGCAUAGCUACACGUUUCCGUCUUUUGACAACCUAUUCUCAAGGAGACAUCACAAAAGACCUGGAGGCAUACCCAGAAGCAAUUAAAGACAUGUAUAAAGUUGAGAAUUUCAAAGAAACCAAGGAGAUGGGGGUUCUUCCGGCCUUUACAGUCAGGCUGCUUGAGCCCUCUGAACUGCUUGCUGAAUUCGAGCUUGCUUCACUUUUUACGCUUUUUCUGAAGUAUCAGCAAGCGGUACAUGAAGAUGCUGCUACUUGGACUGUCGAUUCGUUCAAAAGCUUUAUUAUUGAUGGCGCUCUUGAGGAGGGAUCGACUCGAUUCUUGGUCUUUGUGAUCGGCACACGGCUGGUAGCAAUGUCAACUGUAGAUGUGCUACCAGACUAUAUUUCGUCAUGUUAUUUUUUUUAUGACCCGGAAUAUGCUAACCUUUCCCUUGGAACCUUUUCCAUUCUGACCGAAAUUGAGCUUGCCCGCAUAAUGAGACGUUCCUACUACAUUCUCGGAUUUUACUCGCCAAAAUGUCCCAAGCUGCUAUAUAAGGCCGCAUAUGCUCCUGCUGAAAUAGGUAUUCCGCAACUGGGAGGCGGAAAAUUUUGCUGGCAGCCCUUAGAGUAA